GUGUCUACGAUUUCGGCAGAGACCCCGGAAGCGGCCGUCUCUGGUUUUGGUUUUUGCCGAGGCUCUGACUCCGGCCUUAGGAUGGGUUGCGACGGAGGAACAAUCCCCAAGAGGCACGAGCUGGUGAAGGGGCCGAAGAAGGUCGAGAAGGUUGACAAAGAUGCUGAGCUGGUGGCCCAGUGGAACUAUUGUACUCUAAGUCAGGAAAUCCUGAGGCGUCCAAUUGUUGCCUGUGAACUUGGCAGACUGUAUAACAAAGAUGCUGUCAUCGAGUUCCUGUUGGACAAAUCUGCUGGAAAGGCUCUGGGGAAGGCAGCAUCACACAUUCGAAGCAUCAAGAAUGUGACAGAACUCAGGCUUUCUGACAACCCUGCCUGGGAAGGGGAUAAAGGAAACACCAAGGGUGACAAACAUGAUGACCUCCAGCGAGCACGGUUCAUCUGCCCUGUGGUGGGCUUGGAGAUGAAUGGCCGGCACAGGUUUUGCUUCCUUCGAUGCUGCGGCUGUGUGUUUUCUGAACGCGCAUUGAAAGAGAUAAAAGCUGAAGUUUGCCACACGUGUGGGGCUGCCUUCCAGGAGGAUGACAUCAUUGUGCUCAAUGGCACCAAGGAGGAUGUGGAGUUGCUGAAGAAGAGGAUGGAGGAGAGGCGGCUGCGGGCCAAGCUGGAGAAGAGAACAAAGAAACCGAAGACAGCCGAGUGUGUCUCCAAGGCGGGUGUUGCAGAUGACUCUGCAGGACCAUCCAAAGUGAAGGCUGGCAAGCCUGAAGAGGCGGACCCCGAUCAUAGAGAGAAGAAAAACAACUUGGCUUCCAGGGACACAGCAACUAACGGGAAAGCUGGGAAAGCCCCAUGCGGGGCCCUGAAGAGGUCCAUCGCGAACAGUGACGAAUCUGAAACCUACAAGUCCAUCUUCACAAGCCACAGCUCUGCCAAGCGCUCCAAGGAAGAGUCUGCCCACUGGGUCACCCACACAUCCUACUGCUUCUAAAGCAGGACCGCAACCCCUCCCCGCAGGGCUCCUCCCCUGUGGCCUGUGCCUCGCUGCCUGAUGUGGCGCCAUGUUAUAAAGCUGUCCUCUCCGAUC